UCUCAACAGAUUACACAAUGCAAGGGGAUUCAAACACAAUCUCCAUGAGCUACAAGAAACUUGCAGAAGAUCUCAAGUCUGGCGACGUGAUUCUCUGUUCUGACGGCACAAUCUCUCUUACCGUCUUGUCCUGUGACAAGAGUCUCGGUCUCGUUCGUUGCCGCUGUGAGAACUCUGCUGUUCUUGGAGAAAGAAAGAACGUUAACCUCCCUGGUAUCGUAGUUGAUCUCCCAACACUCACGGAGAAGGAUCAAGAGGAUAUUUUACAAUGGGGAGUUCCGAAUAAGAUUGAUAUCAUCGCUCUUUCCUUUGUUCGUAAAGGAUCUGAUCUUAUCGAGGUCAGGAAAUUGCUUGGAGAGCACGCCAAGAGCAUCAGGCUAAUGUCAAAGGUGGAGAAUCAAGAAGGAGUGAUGAACUUUGACAAGAUUCUGGAGAACUCUGAUGCAUUCAUGGUGGCUAGAGGUGAUUUGGGAAUGGAGAUUCCGAUCGAAAAGAUGUUUCUUGCUCAGAAGAUGAUGAUUCAGAAGGCUAAUGCUCUCGGCAAACCAGUUGUCACAGCUACACAGAUGCUUGAGUCGAUGACCAAAUCUCCACGUCCCACUAGAGCCGAAGCCACCGAUGUAGCAAACGCUGUUAUUGACGGCACAGACUGUGUCAUGCUAAGUGGAGAAACCGCCGCCGGAGCUCACCCUGAAACCGCUGUGCUUACAAUGUCAAGGAUCUGUAAGGAAGCAGAGGCCUUCCUCGAUUACGACACAAUGCACAAGAAGAUUCAAGAAAUCGUUUCGUUGCCGUUGUCUCCAAUUGAGAGCUUGGCCGCUUCAGCCGUUUCGACGGCUAGGAGUCUAUGUGCGGCUGCGAUUGUGGUUCUCACCAAGGGAGGCUACACGGUGGAGCUUGUGGCGAAAUACAGGCCGAGCGUUCCGAUUCUAUCUGUUGUUGUGCCGGAGAUUACUCGUACCGAUGAUUUCGAGUGGUCGUGUUCUGAAUCUGCAGCACAUGUGGCUAGACGUGGUUUGAUUUACCGUGGAAUUGUUCCAGUUAUGGCUACGGGAGCUUCAGCUAGGUCUUCGAACAAGGACUCGACGGAGGAGACGAUUAGGUCCGCAAUUGAAUUCGCGAAGAAGAAGGGGAUAUGCAAGACGGGAGAUUCUAUUGUGGCGUUGCACAAGAUCGAUGGUUCCUCUGUUGUCAAGAUUUUGAAUGUGGAGUAGAACCCAAGGUUUUUUUUUUCUUGACACGGGGUCAAUUUUGAAGUUUUAUUUUUUUGUGGGGUCGAAUUUAGAGUCUUGAGGAAAUUUAA